AUGGUCACCGCACUCGUAUCCGGAGGCAACCGAGGUCUGGGCUACGGCAUUGUCCGUAGACUCGCCAACGAGUUCCCCUCAUCCCCCGUCGCUGGCUCCUCGUCCGAAAAGCUAACCAUCUACCUCGGCUCUCGCGACAUCAGCAAGGGCGAAGAAGCCAAAAAGUCGCUCCACUCGGAGCUCGCCAAGAAUGUCCUCGACCGAGUCUCGAUCGAAGUGCGACAGUUCGACACCACCUCGCGCGACUCGAUCGCCAAACUGGGCAAGGAGCUCCAGUCGGGCGUCGACAUUCUCAUCAACAACGCUGGGAUUGCCCUGGACGGCUUUGACGCCGACGUGGUCAAGAAAACGAUCGCGACCAACUACUAUGCCGUGCAAGACGUGAUUAACAACAUCCACGUCAACGACGGUGGUCGCAUCGUCAACAUUGCCUCCCUCACCGGUGUGCUCAACGGCUUCGGCGACAGUGUCCGCCAGCGCUUCAUCGAUGCCAAAACGGUCGCGGAUGUAGAUGCACUCAUGCAAGAAUUUCAGGACUCUGUCGCCGACGGCAGCUACCAGCAAAAAGGCUGGAAGGGCGCCGCCUACGGGACGAGUAAGAGCGGCGUCAUUGCCUACACGCGAGCGCUUGCCAACGAGUACAAGCAGCAAGGCAAAAACAUCGAUGUAAUCUCCUGCUGUCCUGGUUACGUCAACACGGACAUGACCAAAGGCAAAGGCUACAAGACGCUGGACCAGGGUGCAGAGACGCCUGUGCUGCUCGCAUUGCGAAAAGUCGAUGCUAAACCCGGCGAGUUCUGGUCCGAGGGCAAACGCUUUGACUGGGACAACAAAGUCGACUAUUAG